AUGCUUGUAAUUCAUAAUGAUAUUGAAUUAUUAAAAUAUUAUUAUUCAAAUGGUAAUGUUGGUAUUGUUACACAAUUAUUUAGUGUAAAAAAUUCUCCAAUAGUUGCACCAAUAUAUUAUAUCAAUUCAAUUGAUAUGUUAGAGUAUUUAUUUAAUAAUCAUAUAAAUUUCUUCAAAGAACCACGUAUUGAUGGUAAUCGUUAUAGUACAAAUUUUAAAAAUUUAGAAUUAUUAAAACAUUUUGAACUAUUAUUAACCCAAUCAAACUCAAACUCUACUUCUUCUUCUUCUUCUUCUCCUUCUCCUUCUCAAAACCACUUUUCCGAUGGUCAUUUUUGUUUUAUUAGCCAUUCUAUUAAUAAUUUUGAAUUUCUAAAAAACAAAAACCUUCUUACUUUUGCAAAUUACUUUGCUUCAAAUUCUAAAUACCAUGAUGCAAAUUUAGACUAUGAACAACUGUUUGUUUUAAUCUCUAAUGUCGAACCAUCAUCUCAACUAUCGAUCAGUUUUGAAACAUUAAGAGAUUUUGCAAUUAACUCUAUGAAAUAUAAAAGAAAAAACUUAUUCUUUACCAGAGCAUCAGUAAGAAGUACAAAGUAUGCAUAUCAUUAUUUAAAAUUCAUUGAUUGGAUGUUUAUUAACUAUAAUCAGGAAAAGGAAAAUGCUUGUAACUUCUUUUACAAAGGAUUUCACCAUUAUCAUAACCUUUUUGCAACCCAUAGAUAUUGUUCAAACAACAAUGACAUCAAUGACACCCACAACUUCAGCUUCAAUAAUAAUAAUAAUAAUAAUAAUAAUAAUAAUAAUAAUAAUAAUAAUAAUAAUAAUAAUAAUAAUAAUAAUGAUAUUGAAGGAAAUAAACAUCUUGUUAUUGAAAGAUUGGAAAAAUCAACAGUUUUAAUCAAUGAUUUAACACCAUAUUUAUAUGAAAUUAAUAAUUUUAAAUUUUUAAAUUGGUUUUUAACAAUCAUUAAAAUUUAUUAUUUUUCAUCAUCAAUAGAUAAUACUGAAAAAAAAACAAUUAAAGCAAUAGUUGAAUCAUUUAUGAAUCUUAUUAUACAUAAAUCAAGAUUACAAGUACUUGAAAUUAUUCAUCAAAAUUUUGAUUUCAUUUUAAAGAAAGAAUCAAAUGGUGGAAUAUUGGAUAUUAAUACUUUAAAAUCUUAUUUAUUUACAUCUCUUAAAAAUGGUUCAAUUAAUGUUUCAAAAUUUCUUUUUCAAUUUAUUAAUAUAACUAAAAAAGAAUUUGAAAAAAAUUCAAAUCAACACUCACUUUUAUUCUUUUCAAAUAAAUUUAAUAAAUAA